UCCUUUACAACCAAAAUUUCAUAAAAUAAAAAAUGAAGGAAAUAAGGGAUUAAAAAUUCCCUUCCUUAUUUAUAAAACCCCAAUUUUUAUUUUUUAGUGAAAACAAACAUUAAAAGAGUCUCAACUCUCAAGAAAGAAGAAAAAAUGGAGGUGUUGAGACUCUGUUUAAUGGCUAUUUUUGGUUUGGUUAUGGCUUUGGUUAUUCCUUCUAUCAAUGCUCAAGUACCUGAGCCUGCUCCUGCUCCUACAAGUGAUGGAGUUGCAAUUGACCAAGGUAUAGCUUAUGUGCUAAUGUUGGUUGCUUUGGCAGUUACUUAUAUGAUUCAUUAGGCAAUGUGAUACAGCUUCCAUUGCAGUUUUUUUCUUAUUAUUUUUUCUGGUUGUGAUUAAUUUCAUUCUCUUGUAUUCUUUUUAGAGGUUGAAAUUUUCUAAUUUCUUUUAUUCAAUUAUUAAAUCGUAGAAAUUCUUUAUA